GACUUAUAAUUACCAUAUUAAUAAUUAAGGGCAGAAAUGUAAAAUGUAUGUAAUUGAGCCCUGAUUUGCAAAGGAUCCUUAUUUACCCGCCAACUGGAACGUAACUGGAAUUCUCCGGAACACUCCCGCACUCUUCCGAUUCUGCUUACUCAAUCCAGAAAAAGCUCUCUAAAACUCUGUUCCUUUCAUUUACACAACGCUCUACUUUUGGCAAUUCGAUCACCAGUGAAGAAGCUUUCCGGCUAUGGCAGCGAAAACUGAAGGUAAAGCCAUAGGCAUCGACCUCGGCACCACCUACAGCUGCGUCGGGGUUUGGCUUAACGAUCGCGUCGAGAUUAUCCCCAACGAUCAAGGUAACCGAACCACCCCCUCCUAUGUAGCUUUCACUGACACCGAGCGUUUGAUCGGUGAUGCGGCCAAGAAUCAGGUCGCUAUGAACCCUCAGAACACUGUCUUCGACGCCAAGCGCUUGAUCGGCCGGCGACUCUCCGAUCCCUCUGUUCAGAGUGACAUGAAGCUCUGGCCAUUUAAAGUGGUCGCUGGACCCGGCGAAAAGCCGAUGAUCAUCGUCAAUUACAAAGGCGAGGAGAAGCAGUUCGCUCCGGAGGAGAUUUCUUCUAUGGUUUUGAUUAAGAUGAGAGAAAUCGCCGAAGCUUUUCUAGGCCAAACUAUCAAGAACGCCGUUAUUACAGUCCCUGCUUAUUUCAACGAUUCACAGAGACAAGCGACGAAAGAUGCGGGUGCCAUUGCUGGACUCAACGUGUUGCGUAUCAUCAAUGAACCAACGGCGGCUGCGAUUGCAUAUGGUCUGGAUAAAAAGGCUUCUCGUAGAGGCGAACAGAACGUCCUGAUCUUCGACCUCGGCGGUGGAACUUUCGACGUGUCACUCUUGACCAUAGAAGAGGGAAUUUUCGAGGUCAAGGCCACAGCCGGCGAUACUCAUCUCGGCGGCGAAGAUUUCGACAACAGGCUCGUAAAUCACUUCGUCACAGAGUUCAAGCGCAAGAACAAGAAAGACAUAAGCGGCAACGCUAGGGCACUGAGGAGAUUGAGGACGGCCUGUGAGCGAGCCAAAAGAGCGCUGUCGUCGACAACGCAAACCACGAUUGAAGUCGAUUCGCUUUACGAAGGAAUUGACUUUUACGCGACCAUUACGAGGGCUAGAUUUGAGGAAUUGUGUAUGGAUAUGUUCAUGAAAUGCAUGGAGCCUGUGGAGAAAUGUAUCCGUGAUGCUAAAAUUGACAAGAGCCAAGUUCAUGAGGUUGUUUUAGUCGGUGGAUCCACUAGAAUUCCCAAAGUUCAGCAGCUUCUGCAGGAUUACUUCAAUGGAAAGGAGCUCUGUAAAAGUAUCAAUCCGGAUGAGGCCGUUGCUUAUGGUGCUGCUGUUCAGGCUGCAAUUCUAAGUGGAGAAGGAGACGAGAAAGUUCAAGAUCUGCUACUUCUCGAUGUCACGCCGCUCAGUCUCGGUCUAGAGACGGCCGGUGGCGUCAUGACAGUCCUAAUUCCUAGGAACACAACAAUCCCAACAAAGAAGGAACAAAUUUUCUCGACGUACUCUGACAACCAGCCAGGAGUUUUGAUCCAAGUCUACGAAGGAGAGCGAGCCAGAACCAAAGACAAUAAUCUGCUCGGAAAGUUCGAGCUCACUGGCAUUCCUCCAGCACCCAGAGGCGUCCCCCAAAUCAAUGUCGUCUUCGACAUUGAUGCAAAUGGCAUUCUCAACGUAUCAGCAGAGGACAAGACUGCAGGGGUGAAGAACAAGAUCACAAUCACCAACGACAAGGGGCGAAUGAGCAAGGACGAGAUAGAGAGGCUGGUGAAGGAGGCAGAGAAGUACAAAGCAGAGGAUGAAGAGGUGAAGAAGAAGGUGGAGGCCAAGAAUGCGUUGGAGAAUUAUGCUUACAACAUGAGGAAUACGGUGAGGGAUGAGAAAUUUGCAGGGAAAUUGAAUCCAGAUGAUAAGCAGAAGAUCGAGAAGUCCGUGGAGGACACCAUCGAGUGGUUGGAUAGGAACCAGCUGGCGGAGGUUGAUGAACUUGAGGACAAGCUGAAGGAGCUCGAGGGUGUCUGUAAUCCCAUCAUUGCUAGGAUGUACCAGGGCGGUGCUGGCGGCGGUGCUCCCAUGGGCGAUGAUAUGCCUGGUGGUGGGUCCGCCGGGUCUGGCGGUGCUGGGCCGAAGAUUGAGGAGGUUGAUUGAGGAGUCUGUCUGUAGUUUUUGAAGUUCUCAAGUAGAGGUUGAGAGUGUAAUGUUCUUUUGUUGUUUUUUUCUUUCUUUUUUUCUGGGAAAAAUAGAGAAAGGUUGUAAUGUAUGUUUGUAAUAAAAAUUAUGAGUGCUUUUUUCUUUAGAA